AUAUGUUUAAAGAGUGUGACAACGGUGUGAGACCUAUGAUUACUCAAGUCUCUCUAUAUAACUAGGGUUUUGCAUUGGGAAUAACACAUCAUUUGACUCAUUUCUCAUUUCUCAAUUUUCAACAAAAAUCUCUCACCAUUUUCUCCAAUCAAUGGCUCCAAUCACAGUCGGAGAUGUUGUUCCAGAUGGCACCUUAGCCUACCUUGAUGAAGAAAACAAACCCCAAUCUGUCACCAUUCACUCUCUUGCCGCCGGCAAAAAAGUCAUCAUCUUUGGUGUUCCCGGUGCUUUCACACCCACUUGCAGCUUGAAGCAUGUGCCUGGCUUCAUUGAGAGAGCUGAGGAGCUGAAAGGAAAGGGUGUUGAUGAAAUCAUCUGCAUCAGUGUGAAUGAUCCAUUUGUGCUGAAUUCAUGGGCCAAGACAUUCCCAGAGAACAAGCAUGUGAAGUUUCUUGCUGAUGGCUCAGCUGUCUACACUCAUGCUCUAGGGUUGGAGCUUGACCUCACUGACAAGGGUCUCGGAAUUCGCUCGAAGAGGUUUGCUCUUUUGGUUGAAGACUUGAAGGUGAAGGUUGCAAAUGUUGAAGGUGGAGGUGAAUUCACCAUCUCUGGUGCUGAUGACAUCAUCAAGGCUCUUUGAAGCUCUUAAUGAAUGUGUUGUUUAAUCUUUUUUUAAUACAACAUUUUAUGUAUAAUGUUAUGUACUCUAGAAAAGGACAUGAUAUGGUGCAUAUUAUGUAGAAAUAAAAUUGCUAGUUUCAAGUUAUGUGAUUGUUUUUGCUGGUGAA